UAAAAAUAACUAAAAGGAAAAGAAAAUGACGUCAUCAUCGUCACGGCCUCCACGUCGUUUGUAUUGUCGCUCGUCCCUCCAAUUGUCUGGUUCGAUAGUCUCUUUAGGAACCGAAAGAUGGAGCUCCAACAACAAUGGCUAUUACCAAACUCUAAUUUUCAUUCGAAAUUUCAACAAAAACGAUAAGCACGAUUUCUUUUGUUUUUCGUUUCGGCCAUUUUCGUCUCCGCUCUCUCUCUUCCCCCGCCCUUCGCUCACGAUACGAUCCUUUUCUGCGUUGAAAUCAGAAAAGGAAAGGAUAAGACCCAGAUUCCCGUUUGUCUCGCUUUUCCGUGAUUCCCUUCUUUCGCGAGAAAAUCUGUGAUUUCGCGAUCUGGGUAUCGAUGAACGAAAGAGAAAAACGUAAACGAGGAAGAAGAAAUGCAACCAGGAUCAUGGGUUUUUGGAACUGACUCCGAACGAGGAUAACGAAGACGACGACAACGAAAGGUAAACGCAAAGAAACGAUGUCCGUCGCGCAUGCCGACGACGCCGACGAUUACGGUAGACCCUCCGGCGAGAUUUACCACGCGGAGAAAGCUCUUCCGAGCGGGGAUUUCUACACGGGGCAAUGGAGGGAUAAUAUUCCCCAUGGACAUGGUAAGUAUCUUUGGACCGAUGGGUGUAUGUAUGUCGGAGAAUGGCACAGAGGGAAGACGAUGGGGAAAGGUCGCUUCAGUUGGCCCAGUGGUGCAACAUACGAGGGUGAUUUCAAGAACGGAUACAUGGAUGGAAAAGGUACUUACAUUGGUUCAUCCGGUGAUACGUAUAGAGGAUCUUGGGUCAUGAAUCUCAGACACGGGCAAGGAACAAAGAGCUAUGUCAAUGGAGAUUGCUAUGAAGGAGAAUGGAGGAGAGGGCUGCAGGAUGGGCAUGGAAGGUACCAAUGGAAGAACGGCAACCACUACAUCGGUCAAUGGAAAAACGGGAUUAUGAAUGGGAAUGGUACAAUGAUAUGGAGUAACGGGAACCGCUACGAUGGAUUCUGGGAAGAUGGUGCUCCUAAAGGUAAUGGCACGUUCCGAUGGGCAGAUGGGAGUUUCUACGUCGGUGUUUGGAGCAAAGAUCCGAAAGAACAGAAUGGAACUUACUACCCUUCCGGUUCUUCUUCGGGAAACUUGGAUUGGGAUCCACAACAGGUGUUUUACGUCGAUCUGAUCGAAUGCAUUGUCAGCCAAUGUGACAGAAUCCCGGUGUUGCCUUCUCAGAAGAUGCCGGUAUGGUAUGGGACGGAGCAGAGUGGGAAUAGGGCAAAGAAUGAGAAUAACCGGCCGAGAAGGAGAUCGGUGGAUGGAAGGAUAAGCAAUGGCGAGGUGGAAAUGAGGAACGGGUUCGGAUAUCUUCAGCUGGAUGAUUCGGUUGGGGCAGUGGAAAACACUAGAUUAAGCCCUUUGAGGAUACAGCCUCCUAAGAAGCAAGGACAGACCAUCUCUAAAGGGCACAAGAAUUACGAUCUCAUGCUUAACUUGCAGCUGGGAAUCAGACAUUCUGUCGGAAGACCGGCUCCAACCACUUCUCUUGACCUAAAGGCUUCAGCUUUUGAUCCAAAGGAAAAGGUUUGGACAAAAUUUCCAUCUGAAGGAUCCAAACACACUCCUCCACAUCAAUCUUGCGAGUUUAAAUGGAAGGACUACUGCCCUGUUGUUUUCAGGACUCUGCGGAAAUUGUUCAACGUGGACGCAGCUGAUUAUAUGAUAUCGAUUUGUGGGAACGAUGCCCUUAGGGAACUGUCUUCUCCCGGGAAAAGCGGAAGCUUUUUCUACUUAACCAACGAUGACCGUUACAUGAUUAAGACGAUGAAGAAGGCUGAAACAAAAGUGCUUAUAAGGAUGCUUCCGGCCUACUACAAUCAUGUCAGAGCAUGUGAGAACACUUUAGUUACUAAGUUCUUUGGUCUUCAUUGUGUGAAACUGACGGGCACUGCACAAAAGAAGGUCCGGUUUGUGAUAAUGGGGAACCUCUUCUGUACCGAGUAUUCGAUCCAUAGGCGGUUUGACCUUAAGGGAUCCUCCCAUGGACGUUUAACGACGAAACACGAGUCUGAAAUCGAUCCAAACACGACAUAUGAAGCUGUUGUUUCGACGCUCAAAGACCUUGAUCUGAAUUUCAUGUUCCGGUUACAGAAGAACUGGUAUCAAGAGUUUUGCAGGCAAGUCGACAGAGACUGCGAGUUUCUUGAACAAGAGAGAAUCAUGGAUUAUAGUCUUUUGGUGGGUAUGCACUUUCGAGAAUCUUCUUUCAGGGGUACGGCCACACCUCCUUCCGGCGCCCGAACUCCCACUGGAAACGUCCCUCGUCUCUCCCGAGCAGAAAUGGAUCGGUUUCUUCUUGAUGCCAGCAGGUUAGCGUCGAUUAAGUUAGGUAUCAACAUGCCGGCGAGAGUUGAAAGAACGACAAGAAGAAACGACGGCGAGACUCAGCUUGUCGGGGAGCCGGCGGGGGAAUUCUACGACGUGAUUCUCUACUUUGGCAUAAUCGACAUCCUCCAAGACUACGAUAUCAGCAAGAAGCUCGAACACGCCUACAAAUCGAUGCAUUUCGACCCGACUUCGAUCUCAGCCGUCGAUCCAAGGCAGUACUCGAGACGUUUCCGGGAUUUCAUCUUCAGAGUCUUCGAAGAAGAUACUUGAUGUACAAGAAACGAACGGCCUUACCCUAGCUUGUCCGAGAAGGCAACGGAACUCCAGAGGAUUUGGAGAAGGGAAAUUAGGUUUCCGAGUUGACGUCAGUUGCAGAAUUCAGCCAAAAUUGACAUGUUACCACAAUUUAUUACAAAAGAAAAGCUUCUGCAAAGAGGGUACAGGGUUUUGUUAGCACCAUUAGAAAGUAACGGGGUUGUUUUGCAACUUUCACAAAGAAAUGUUGUAAAUUUAAGAUUUAACCAAAUUCUCCGGGUCUUUGUAUUAAUAGAGAGUUUGAUUCUUUUUUUUUUGUAACAAAAAAGGUUAUCGUUUUAUUUUUUUUCUCCGUGUUGUUUGGAUUCAACAUGAAAGAACAGUAUGUACAUAUGGUGAUUGGUGACCUCAA